AUGAAUGGAUUCUUAACACUGACGUCACUGGAUUCAGAAUAUCCAGAGUUGAAGGCCAUCGAGAAGUGUGAUGGGAUAUUUUUGGAUUCUUGUCCCGCGUGUUUCACGUUUUCAUUUGAGAAUAUGUAUAAACAUUCUUUGGUUAUGAAUCAUGUUUAUGAUGGAUUGAUCAAAAACUCCAACUUCAUCGUUGGAAACGUCUAUCGAAUCUACAAGAAAUGGGAGACCACUCGAUUCGGAUCGCGCCUUCUUAUGGACGAAUUGAUGAUAAGAGCUGGAAUUGUGACAUCUGAAGACGCGUCACCAUUCCAUUAUCUACUGAAUCACCCUCACUUGCCGAAGAUUAUCUUCUCGGUUUUCUCGGAUGCUGAUAUUGUUUGUUCGGCGGAAGAAAUCUCGUCAUUCAACGAGCUAGCCGCCCAUCGAUCUGACAAACGGAGAGAUGUCAUAACUACCCGUCUGAAAGAUAGUGCACACGUGGAACACUUCAAAAAGCAUCCAAAAUUGUAUUUGGAGAGAAUGGACGAGUUCUUGCAGAGAGUGGAGAGACUCAGGAAUGGAGGGAACUCGAAAUUGUGA